GCCUCGUUACGUCAUUGCUGCCCGCCCGCAACGUCACACCGGCGCCGAGCGGUUAGUCUCGUGCAGUCCUGCUCGCCAUGGCGCUCUUCUACGUCGCUCGGUACCCCGGGCCCGAGGCGGCGGGGCCGGCGCAAGUGGAGGCCGAGACGGACAGCCGGGCCCGCGCACUGCUGGAGAAGCUGCAGAGCCGGGCCCGAGAGCGGCAGCAGCAACGACGGCAGCAGGAGCCUGCGCCUCCAUCGGCGACCGAGGAGGCGGCGGGGAAGCGGCGGCGGCGGCCGCGGCGGCGACGGCACGGGAGCAGCGCGGCGCCGGGGAGUCCAGAUACACCGCGGAGGAAGCGGCGGAAAGCGGUCGGCGGGGACCUGGACGCAGAGAGCAGCGACGAGGCGCCGGGGGAGAGCAACGUGGGCGGCGAGGCGAAGAUAGGGGAGGAGGCGGCAGAGGCCCCACAUGGAGGCCCCCAGGAAAAAGCAUCUACACCCCCAGCCCACGCCCUGGUGCUUGGGGGCUUCGAGAGGAGGAAGGCGCCGAAGGUCCAGCCUUUACUGCCCACGUGGCUGGCCAAGCCGAGCCUGGUGGGGAAGAAAGUUACUGAGCACCUUAUUCCUAUUGAGGAUAUCCCUCAGGUCCACCCUGACCUGCAGAGGAAGCUGCGGGCCCAGGGCAUCUCGUCCUACUUCCCAGUCCAGGCAGCUGUGAUCCCUGCCCUGCUGGAGAGCACAGCCGGGGGCUUUCUGGUGGGGAGAGGGGGCUUCCGGCCCCGAGACCUGUGUGUGUCGGCCCCGACAGGCAGCGGGAAGACACUGGCCUUCGUCAUCCCUGUGGUCCAGGCCCUGCUGCACCGAGUGGUGUGCCGUGUCCGGGCCCUGGUCGUGCUGCCCACCAAGGAGCUGGCUCAGCAGGUGAGCAGAGUGUUCAACAUCUACACGGACGCCACGCCAUUGCGUGUUGCCCUGGUCACUGGGCAGAAGUCGCUGGCCAAGGAGCAGGAGAGUCUCGUCCAGAGAACGGCAGAUGGCUACCGCUGCCUGGCUGACAUCAUGGUGGCCACCCCUGGCCGCCUGGUGGACCACAUCGACCAGACCGCCGGCUUCAGCCUGCAGCAGCUGCGCUUCCUGGUCGUUGAUGAGGCGGACCGCAUGGUGGACAGCAUGCACCAGUCCUGGCUGCCGCGGGUGGUGGCAGCCGUGUUCCGGAGUGAGGGCCCCACAGACCCUUGUUCUCUGCUCCAGCGAGAGCUGCCGAGGGCCGUGACUGCUGCCAGCACCUGGGCCCCUCAGAUGCCUCUGCAGAAGCUGCUUUUCUCAGCUACCCUGACCCAGAAUCCUGAGAAGCUGCAGCAGCUUGCCCUCUACCAGCCCCAGCUCUUCUCUGCUGGGCUGGAGAGCAGGGCUCCCGAAGGCACGGGUGACGACACGGCAGGGGAUACAGGCGGGAAGUAUGCCUUCCCCGAGGGGCUGGCGCACCACUAUGUGCCCUGCACCUUGAGCGCCAAGCCGCUGGCCGUCCUACACCUGCUCCUGACGACAAGGUUCUCGAGGGUCCUCUGCUUCACCAACUCGCGGGAGAACUCCCACAGGCUUUUCCUGCUCGUCCAGGCCUUCGGGGGGGUGAGUGUGGCUGAGUUCUCCUCCCGUCACGGGCCCGGCCAGAGGAAGAAGACUCUGAAGCAGUUCGAGCAGGGCAAGAUUCAGCUCCUCAUCAGCACAGACGCCACGGCCCGCGGCAUCGAUGUGCCGGGAGUGGAGCUGGUGCUCAACUACGACGCACCACAGUACGCGCGGACCUAUGUGCACCGGGUUGGACGGACGGCACGAGCAGGACGAGCUGGACAGGCCUUCACGCUGCUGUUGCGGGUGCAGGAGCAGAGGUUCCUGAGGAUGCUGGCUGGCGCAGGCGUGCCGGAGCUGGAGCGGCACGAGAUCCUUGGGGAGCUGCUGCAGCCACUGGUCCCGCGCUAUGAGGCAGCCCUGGCCCAGCUGGAGAAGACGGUCAGGGAGGAGCGAAAGCAGAAGGCAGCCUAGGGUGAGCUGCCUCCAAGGAGACCCUGAGCCUUGACGUGCUGAUGUGAGUAGAGAACGACUUGCCUGGGUCUUGAAGAUGUGGUGCUGCCAACCACGUAUAAGGAGCCAGCGCCUGGGUCCUUCGUGGCUGGAGACUGUCAAGGCAGCAACGCGGGGCUUUCUGGAAAUGGGACAGAGUGGGGUCUGUCGUUUGGUGAGUGUUGGGGGCUAACCUUCAGCUGAUCUGACAAAUCUAGCUGUGCUAAAGCCUCACUUGUUUGUCUUGUCAGGUUGAAGGGGGCCAGCGUGCCUGCACCCAAAUGUGCAUGGUGGUGUGUGCCAUCCACGCCGAGCACAGGUGCCCACAGGCCCCAAGGACCGAGAGGGCAUUCCCGUUAUUACAGGCGUCAGAAACCAAGACGCCAGGUGUGCAGCCAACAGUAUCUUGUUUUAUUCUGUAACUAACUACUAUCAUGGUAUAAAGUAAACUCACAGCCUAGAACACUCCGUCGUGAGACCCCAUGGACAGCAAGCCUCAGAGCACUAACCGGGUGUCAGAAGGCUCUUUUUACAAGGUUGGCCAGAUAACAAAACAAACUUUCAGGAAAAUAGGAGCAAACCACGGCUGUCCGUCCGCCCUGAGAACGCUGUCACGUCAGGAAGUAGUGGUGGAAGGUAGGUUUCUUCACAUGCAGAACUGCCCCCCCGAGUCACGGUGGCCUGUCCCAGCUGUGCUGGGUGACAGUGAAUGACCAGGAACACGUCACGGAGCCGAAGGGAACGUCUGUGGUGAAUGCACUUGAACUGGAACCUCAGACUAAACUCCAGGACACAUCUUCUUGGGGACGUGGAGGCAGCGUGGGGCUGGCAUUUCACAUAGUGGCCAGCAGUGCGAUGUGUGUGCACGUGAGCAGAGGGGUGGCCAGGGGCCGAGCUCCCGCAGGCUCUAGGGAUGGCACGUGGGGUGAGAACGUUGGGCCAGCAGAGCCCCCGCUGUCCACCAUGCCUCGGCUGGCGGGCCCAACUCUGACCUGCCUGCACUGCAGCAGGGCCGUCUUUGACUGUGACAGCCUUGUG